ACUACAAACACAUUGCAAAUUCAAGCUUUGCUCAUUACUUGGCUUCAAUGGCUCAAUCCAUGAAGCACUCUGUUGUUUGGGUUAUGAUCUUGUUAUUAAUGCUAAUUGCAAUGGACAAUGUUUCUUGCAGAUCUUUGCAAGGUACUAAUUCUCCAUCCUCUGAUAAUCACCAGUCUAGUUCUAACUCUAAAUCCCCAUCCUCUGAUGGUCAUAAAUCGGGUUCUGAUUCUAAUAAUCAGAAUGAAAAUAAUCAAGGCGGAAAUAAUCAGGAUUCUGGUUCUGGUUCUAAAUCUCCACCGUCUAAUGGUGAAGGAUCUGAUUCUGGUUCUAAAUCCCCACCUUCUGGUGAUCAUGGAUCUGACAAUGGUUCCAAAUCACCUCCACCUGAUAAUCAUGGAUCCGAUUCUGGUUUUAAAUCCCCACCUGAGUCUCCUCCUACUACAACUCCACCACCAUCAACUACAACUCCACCUCCAUCUUCUCCAUCACCACUAAAUUCUCCACCUCCUACUUCAACUCCUCCACCACCAUCUCAUUCAACUUCCCCUCCAUUACCACCAUCUUCACCUUCACCACCACCUCCUACUACUCCAUCACCUUCACCUCCAACACCUAACCCAUCACCUAAUCCUUCAACCUCUCCAACCCCUAUGCCGCCUUCAUCUACUCCUUCAACUCCACCUCCUACUUCAACUUCUCCUCCACCACCACCAUCUUCACUUUUAUCACCACCCUCAACUCCUACCUCACCUUCACCACCAAUUAAAUCUCCUACCCCUCCACAAUCUCCAACUCCAUCUUCACCUACUCCAAGCACCCCACCUCCAUCAACUUCAACUCCUCCUUCUCCUUUACCACCAUCAUCACCUUCUCCAUCGCCUCCUACAACUACUCCAUCCUCACCACCUUCUCCCCCAUUGCCACCUUCUACCUCACCAAAGAAAGCCAAGUGCAAGAACAAAAACUACCCCCACUGUUAUGACAUGGAGUUUUUUGUGUGCCCUAGCACUUGUCCUGGUGGAUGUGAAGUAGAUUGCGUCUCUUGUAGGCCUGUCUGCAAGUGUGACAUGCCGGGAGCAGUAUGCCAAGACCCCCGUUUCAUCGGCGGCGAUGGAAUCACAUUCUACUUCCACGGCAAGAAGGACCGAGACUUCUGCCUGGUCUCCGACUCCAACCUCCACAUCAACGCCCACUUCAUCGGCAAACGAAGCCUCAACAUGACUCGAGACUUCACUUGGGUCCAAUCCAUCGCCAUCCUAUUCGACACCCACAAACUCUUCCUCGGCGCCCUCAAAACCUCUUCAUGGGACGACUCCGUCGACCGCCUCUCCCUCUCAUUCGACGGCCAACCCAUCUUCCUCCCUCUCAACGGCGGCGCACGGUGGCGCUCAGCAGCCUCGCCGGCCGUUUCCAUCAGUAGAAUCGGCGACACAAACAGCGUGAGCGUUGAAGUGGAAGGGAAUUUGAAAAUCACAGCGAAGGUGGUGGCGAUCACAGAAGAGGAUUCGAGAAUUCACAAGUAUGGGGUGACGAGAGAUGAUUGUUUUGCUCAUUUGGAUCUGGGGUUUAAGUUCUUGGAUCUGAGUGAUGGUGUGAGUGGGGUGUUGGGACAGACUUAUGGGAGAGAUUAUGUGAGUAAAGUGAAGAUGGGUGUGUUGAUGCCUGUGAUGGGAGGAGAGAGAGAGUUUGCGACUUCGAGCUUGUUUGCUGUGGAUUGCUCUGUUGCGCGAUUCAGAGGUCAGAGAGAGGCUGAUUCUCUCAUGGGUUUGGAAGCGGCGGGGUUGAGGUGUGGGAGUGGUAUGGGUGGCCAAGGAGUUGUCUGCAAGAGAUAGAUAGACAUGAUUCUCUCUCUCUCUCUCUCCAUAUACAUAUAUAUAUAUAUACAUAUUUGGUUUAUGUAAUUUUAUGAAAUGUGAGUAAUAAAGGUGUGGAAGCCAUUCGAGAUGGUCUCCUCUGAUUGAUUGAAUAAGGGGACUUCGAUGUUAAUUGGACUCUGGAAUAUGAUUAUAUUGUUUUAUGUUAUAUCAAGAAAAUC